AAAAAAAAAAAAAAAAAACAAACCCUACGGUGCGACCCUACCAAUCCUCGUUUCCAAACAGUAUGACAAACUAGAAACUUCGUUUCUCUCGCUCACUUGUUUCUUAUUUCACAAAAUCACAUUGCAAAUGAAAUUUCAGAAUUCAACCACUACGAUCUCAAUUAGCCAAUUUACAUAGUUAUCAAAUUCUCGGGGGGUUUUUUUAGGGUUUUGAUUCUUCGGGGAAAAGAGGAGAUGAAUUUGGGAGAUUUGCACAAAGUAUGGGAAAUCAAAGCCCUAAAGAAACCAGGAGAAGAAGAAGCCAAGAAGAUGCUUGAGAAAAUAGCCAAACAAGUCCAACCCAUUAUGCGUAAACACAAAUGGCGUGUCAAGGUCCUCUCCGAAUUCUGUCCAAAUAACCCAGCUCUUCUGGGGCUGAACGUAGGAGGUGGAGUGCAGGUGAAAUUGAGGCUUCGUAGGCCAAACAGAGAUUGGGACUUCUUUCCAUUUGAUCAGGUCCUGGAUACUAUGCUUCAUGAACUAUGCCACAAUGUUCACGGUCCUCACAAUGCCAAUUUCUAUAAGCUUUGGGAUGAGUUGAGAAAGGAAUGCGAGGAGCUGCUUUCCAAGCGAAUAAGUGGCACGGGCGAGGGAUUUGAUCUUCCAGGGAGGCGUUUGGGUGGGUUUUCCCGCCAGCCUCCUCUUUCUUCUCUACAUAAAACUGCCUUAGCUGCUGCAGAAAAAAGAGCAAAAAUGGGAACUAUUCUACCAUCUGGACCCCAACGGCUUGGUGGUGAUAGCACCAUUAUGGUUGCACUCAGUCCAAUACAAGCUGCAGCGAUGGCUGCUGAAAGGAGGUUGCAGGAUGAGAUAUGGUGUGGUUCUCAAUCUGCUGAGGUUUAUGAGGAUGGAGAAUGUAGCACAUAUAUGGCCGAAAACCUUGAUAAUAAGUGGCAAACUGCAGGAAGCUCAAGGCCAGAUAAUGGUAAAAAAAGAGGUCUUGAACCAAAUAACAGUAGUAUCAUAGAUUUAUCUACAGAUGUUUCACUGUCUGGAUCAAUUUUUGUCCAUGGCACCAACCCUAAAAAGAGAGCUUGUAACUCGUUUAAGAAUUCAUCUUGUGAUUCUAGUUUUGUGGAUUUAACUGGUGGUUCAUCUCUAGGGUCCAUUCCUACUCAUGAUAUGACUCAUAAUCCGGAGGAACAUGCAAUGUGGGAAUGCAGAGCCUGCACAUUAUUGAAUCCACCGUUAGCCCCAGUUUGUGAGCUUUGUUGCACAGAAAAGCCCAAAGAUGCAAGUACCAAGUAUAAAACAUGGUCCUGCAAAUUUUGUACUUUGGAGAACAGUAUUAAGUUAGAGAAAUGCUCAGCUUGUAGCCAGUGGAGAUAUUCAUAUGGUCCACCAGUGUCAACUCCGGCACCCAAUCUUGGCACUUGAGAGGUACAAUCUAAGCAGAUGGUCUGUGAACUACUAUCCCAAUCAAUUGAUCAUUCUGAUGAAUGAUCAAUUUUUGGCAAUGCCACAUAACUCUGUUUUGUUUAAUGAAAAGAUCAGCACUAUUUCGUCAGAUUGACAAAGUAUACAUUUGUGUAAUUCUCUCUCCAUUUUUCUGAAUUCCCAAAAGGUAAUUUUGUCCCGAUUUA